AUGAAGCUCACCCUCGUUACUCUCUCACUGUUAACUACCGCCCUCUCUCUGCCUUCAACUUCUCGUGAAGUCUCUUUUCCAAUCACCGACCUCGAGACCACCGAUCUCACCGCAGAGGAAUACUUCCUCACCCUCGCUUCCCCCCUCGCAAAGCGCCAGUAUUCCAGCAGCACCUAUAACCAACUUACCGACGGCACGCCAUGCCGCCCAGUAACCCUCAUCUACGCCCGCGGCACCUCCCAGCAGGGUAACGUGGGAGACUCUGCAGCCGUAGGCCCACUAUUCUUCAACAACCUUGCCCGUCUUGUCGGGGGAACUAGCCAGCUGGCUAUCCAGGGCGUAACGUAUUCGGCGAGUGUGGCGGGUUUCCUUGCGGGAGGAGAUGCAACGGGUAGUACGACGAUGGCUAAUUUGAUCAGCACGGCGGCGACAAAGUGCCCGUCAACGAAGAUUGUUCUCUCAGGAUACAGCCAAGGUGCUCAACUCGUGCAUAACGCUGCCCAGAAGACAUCGGCCGCCAAUGCUGCCAAAGUGGCUGCAGUCGUUGUUUUUGGUGACCCAAAGCGAGGCCAGACUUUCGGUAGCAUCUCUACCUCCAAGACUCUGACCGUCUGCCACACUGGUGACAACAUCUGUGAGGGAGGCUCCACCAUAACGGCCGCGCACUUGAACUACCAGCGGGACGCGCCAGCUGCAGCGCAAUUCGUAGCUGGCAAGGUUUGAGGCAUAUUGUUGGAUAAAACUGCGCUGGGAGGGAAGUUAUACAUAUUAGACUUUUGUGUUGACAAUGUUACAAAUGGCUCAUCGAGCCUGACCCACUAAGCUGUCCGUCGUAUUCAUAGCCGAAUUCACCACGACAUCAACGUGAAACCCCUUGUCCUUGCGAAUUCCCCGUUCCACCUCCUCAUCGCUCAGUCUCUGCCACUUGUCCUCGGGCCUACCAUGCACCGGGCUUAGAUUGAACCCUGACUCCGUAGGACUCCGGAAACCUUCACGAACACGGCGCGAUCGCUGUUCAGGCUCUGAGUCGAUGC